UUGAAGAAGUUGGCUUCACUCAGAGUGAAAACAUAAUAGAUGGCUAGCUCGUUGAGCUUCCCACAAUCCAGUUCGGCAGUUAACGUGGCUAGUUUUGUCUCCGUCAAGCUUCAGUGUGAUAGGAAGCACGACUACGAGGCAUGGAGAGAGCAGAUGCUGUGCCUUUUGGAAAGCCAGGGCUUGGUUGGAUUCAUAGACGGAAAAGUUCCCCCACCACAAAACAGCAAUGUCGUCGCGUGGAGGCGGACCGAUUGGCUAGUCAAGGGCUGGAUUCUAGGAACGCUGAGCAAUGAAGUUAUUGAAAGUGUUAAUUCGCAUAGUGCGAGGACUGUGUGGUUGAAGCUCGAAUGUAUGUUUUCUGAAUCCGGGCGAGCAUCCAUUCCCCCUGCCCCUGCCCCUCCCCCUCGGCCUUCCGUCGCCGUGGCUUACAGAGGAAGUGGUUGGUAUGAGUACAUGGCAUUGUACAGAGCUGCAAUGAAGGGUGAAUGGGAUGAGGCUAAAGAAUUUCUGGAUGAAAAGCCCGGCGCGGUCAAAGUGCGAAUGGGGUUCCAAUUAGAAACACCCCUCCACGUGGCCGUGGCAGCUGGGAAGUCGGAAAGCUUUGUGUCCAACCUGUUGAAUUUGAUGUCCGGUAACUACUCAUUAGCCUUUACAGAUGGGCUCGGAUAUAACCCAUUGCACAUUGCUGCGAUGACGGGGAACCACCACGCCGCCGAGAUACUGGUCACCAGACAUCCUAUGUUGCUCUGCCUUUUAAGCCGAAACAACAACCUCCCCCAUCACUUAGCAGCUGAAUUCGGUCAUAGGAAAAUUCUUCUGUUGUUGAUUUCCAAAACUAAUACUCUUUCCAUUGAUCCCUUUUCUGGUGAUGGAGCCCUCCGACUUCUGGUUUUGAUGAUUGAUGCUCACUUUUUCGAUAUAGCGGAGAAUUUUUUUGUCAGUAAGCACUGGUCGAAUCCUAUGUCUAUCGGUACAACUUUGAAGCGGAUUGCAGUCAACGUCACAGCAUUCUGCGUCGGCGAUCAACUCAGCUUUUGGAAACGUCCCCUAUACUGGUGUAUUUUUAUCAUGGACAUGAAGCAACAAUCAUUCGACAGUAAGAUCCAAAUGCUAGAGACUCCUACAUGGCGCAAACUUGUCAUAAAAUUACACUCAGCUCUUUGCCAAUCUAUCAAAUACUUCGCACCUGGCAUUAAUAGAUUUCUUGAAAAGAAUUUGAUGCGCGAGGAAGCACUAAGGCUUGUGAAAUUAUGCAACCAUGUGGAAUCGUUAAACUACGAAGAAGCAUUAGCUAUUUUCGAAGACAUCAUGCUAACAGCAGCCGAAUCAGGAAACCCCGAUGUUGUUGAAGAAAUUGUGAAGACAUUUCCACAUGCAAUUCACUGUGUGAAUUCUUCAAAUCAGACCUGUCUCCACUUGGCCAUCAAGAACAGCUGCGAGAGAGUGUUUAAUCUUAUGUAUCAGACCAGCAACUAUGGAUACCAUUAUUCAAAUAAAAUCGACGAUUCUGGUAACUCUAUCCUCCACUUGGUAGCACGUUUAGCACCUCCUCACAAGCUGAAUUUAGUAUCCGGCGCAGCUCUACAGAUGCAGCGUGAAAUACAAUGGUUUCAGGAAGCUGGUAAGUUUGUUACUCCUUAUACUAGGAGACUAUUAAAUUCUAGCAUGGAAACGGCGGAGACGAUAUUUACGAAAGAACACAGAGUACUGAAAAUAGAAGGAGAGAAAUGGAUGAAAGAUACUGCAACCUCAUGUACUAUUGCAGCGUCACUAAUUGCAACCGUUGUGUUUGCCGCAGCUAUCACAGUUCCGGGUAGCAACCAAUCAGAGUCUGGUUACCCGAUGUUCUACAAAUCAGUUGCAUUCAAAAUAUUCGCAGUUUCAGAUGCAGUUUCGCUUUUCACAUCCACCACUUCACUCUUGAUGUUCUUGUCCAUCCUCACCUCGCGAUAUGCUGAACAAGACUUUCUGUAUGCGUUGCCCAAGCGGUUAUCCAUUGGUCUAUUCACCCUUUUUUUUUCCAUCUUGUUUAUGAUCAGGGGCGGACACACGUUGACAGAGGGUAGGGCUGAAGCCCUUAUCCAAUUUUUUUUUUUUUUUUUUUUCUACUUUCAAAUUUUUCAAAAUUUCAAAAAACUAUGUUAAGCCCUUACUAAAUAAUGCUAUUGAAGAACAAAUUGUUUUGGGAUGAAUAAUUAUAAGGGGCUGAAAAUUAAAGAAAGAAAAAAUAAGAACCCGUGGAGAAAAUUGUAACCAUGGCGUUGGAAGGAAGCAUGAGGAAGAAGAUGAGUUUAAUUGAAUUAAUUAAUAUAAAAGUAAG